AUGGCGUUUAUUAAAGAGGAGAGUGAAGAUGUGAAGAUUGAAGAAACAUCCACAGUCAAACAGGAAGAUCUGCAGAAACAAACAGAUCUGAUGGUGCUGAAAGAAGAGACUCAUCAACAGAUUGAAAUAGAUGAGAAACAGCAGUUUGAGAAACCCCAAGAAAUAAUGACUGAUGAAAAACCCACACUGACUAAAAAGACUUCAUCACACGGAAGACCUCGGAAAUCCAAAUCUGGGUGUAAUUUCAGCUGUAAACAGUGUAGAAAGAGUUUCAGUCAGAAGUCAAACCUUGAUGUUCACAUGAGAGUUCACACUAGGGAGCAACCUUACACCUGCGAACAGUGUGGAAAGAGUUUUGGUCAAAUACAAGGCUUUAAAGCCCACAUGAGAAUUCACACUGGAGAGAGGAAGUUCACAUGCCAAGAGUGUGGAAAAAGCUUUUAUCAUGUUGGAAACUUUGCAGCACACAUGAGAAUUCACACUGGGGAGAAGCCUUUCAGCUGUGAGCAGUGUGGAAAGAGUUUCUGUCAUAAGCCAAACCUUGAUGUUCACAUGAGAGUUCACACAGGGGAGAAACCUUACACCUGCGAACAGUGUGGAAAGAGUUUUGGUCAAAAACAAAGCUUUAAUACUCACAUGAGAAUUCACACUGGAAAGAGGCCGUGCACAUGCCAACAGUGUGGAAAAAGCUACUAUAAUGCAAGAAGCCUUGCAGCACACAUGAGAACUCACACUGGAGAGAGGCCUUUUAGCUGUAUACUUUGUAGAAAGAGUUUCAGUCUAAAGCUGACCCUGAUUGCUCACAUGAGAGUUCACACUAGGGAGAAACCUCACACCUGCGAACAGUGUGGAAAGAGUUUUGGUCAAAAACAAGACCUUUACAUCCACAUGAGGAUUCACACUGGAGAGAAACCUUACACAUGCACAGAGUGUGGUAAAAGUUUUCCACAUAUAAGCUCACUCAAACACCACAUUAGAACUCACACCGGAGAGAAGCCGUUUGCAUGUGCUCAGUGUGGAAAGAGCUUCACAACCAAAACUAGCCUCAAGAACCACAUGAAUGGUCACACUGGAACCAUAGUGUUCACAUGUGAUCAGUGUGGAAAGAGUCUCACACGCAAAGACUACAUUAAGAAACACAUGAAGAUUCACUCAAGAGAGGAUCGUUUUAGAUGCAGUGAAUGUGGAAAGGGCUUUAAAAGUAAAAGAAGCCUCAACACUCACAUGAAGCUUCACAAUGGAGAGCAGAAUCCUCAACAUUGAGGCCUUGUCCACACAAACACGGGUAUAUUCAAAACAGCAGCUUUUUCACGUAGUUUGGCUGUUUAUUCAAGUGAAGUUUAUUUAUAAACUACUUUCGAGAGGAUCACAUGCUUAUGAUUAUCCACAGCUGGUCCUGCAUUAGCUAAAACAUGAUUCACCAAUCAGAUGAUUCCUGACUCACUAUAGAUAACCAGAACACAAAGCUGCGGUCACACUAGACUUUGAGAUUGUGAAAUUCUGUUGUACGGCGCUGUGAAAAGGGGCAGGAUCAAACAAGAUUUUCAGAAAUUAAAAAAGUGAG